UGGAUAGGAAUAAAUACUGAAGUGGGGUCGGAGGAGUGAUCCAAUGCAGUUUACCUUAAAUCAAAAGUGUUUGAAUGAUAAAUCUUUAUUCACAUCCAAUGAGUAAUGCCAAAAAGACAAACCUUUUUUUUUGGCUGAUUUCAGUGUAACGUAGAAUUGCCUUUACUCUGUUGUAACAUCAUUUUUGAUCUGUCAAACAAACCUCAACUUACCCUUUUCAGAUAUCCAAAUCAAAUUUUUGCCUUGUUGUUGUUGCUGAUGUACCUAUUUGUUUUUUCAUCUUGAAACAUAAAAAUGGUUAUGGCAGCCACUGUUAAAGUAGGUCUUGGAUCCGUUGGCUUUGUUGUAUUUUGGGUAUUGGCUGUUUUUCCUGCUGUACCUUUCAUGCCUAUUGGAAGGACUGCAGGUUCUCUCCUUGGAGCUAUGCUUAUGGUUGUUUUUGGAGUCAUAACUCCGGAUCAAGCAUAUGCUGCUAUUGAUCUUCCAAUUUUAGGCCUUCUUUUCGGGACUAUGGUGGUUAGUGUUUAUCUAGAAAGAGCAGAUAUGUUUAAAUACUUGGGUAAAUUGUUGGCUUGGAAGAGUCAAGGAGCUAAGGAUUUGCUCUGUAGAAUCUGCUUGAUCUCAGCUGUUUCGAGUGCUUUUUUUACGAAUGAUACGUCUUGUGUUGUAUUAACCGAGUUUGUAUUGAAAAUAGCUAGGCAACAGAAUCUACCACCACAUCCGUUUCUGUUAGCUCUUGCUUCCAGUGCGAACAUUGGAUCUUCAGUAACUCCAAUUGGGAAUCCACAGAACUUAGUUAUAGCAGUACAAAGCAAGAUAUCUUUUGGCAAGUUUUUAUUUGGUAUUUUUCCUGCAAUGCUUGUUGGCGUAACUGUUAAUGCUCUGCUUCUGCUUUGUAUGUAUUGGAAGUUGUUGUCUGUACAAAAGGAUGUAGAGGAUGCUGCUGCGGAACUAGUUCCUGAAGAGGAAGUCGUUUCUCAUAGGUUUUCUCCAGCGACAUUGUCACAUCUCACUUCCUUGAAUUCUCAAGAAUUGAAUAAUUCGUUAGGAGUGAAUGGUCACGCAAAUCAUGCGGAGACGCUUAGGAAUCGUGUCAUUGUUGGAGAGUGUGAAAUACAAAAGGCAUUUGAUUCGUCUAGGAAUUCAAAUGCCUCAACGAAUGAUGGAUCACUAAUGAAAAGAGAGGAGAAUGUGUCUUCAAAGAGAGAUGAAUAUCAAGAUGAUGAAAACUUCAGAGCUUACGACGAAAUGUGCUACUUCCCAAAAGUAUGGAGAAAUAAGCUGUGGAAAAUAUGUGUCUAUCUUGUUACCAUGGGUAUGUUAAUAGCUUUGCUAAUGGGUCUGAACAUGUCUUGGACUGCUAUCACUGCAGCACUUGCGCUCGUGGUUCUUGAUUUCAAAGAUGCCAGACCUAGCUUAGAAAAGGUUUCGUAUUCGCUUUUGAUAUUCUUCUGUGGUAUGUUUAUCACGGUUGACGGCUUUAACAAAACUGGGAUUCCAAGUGCUCUUUGGGAUUUUAUGGAGCCAUAUUCCAAGAUAGAUCAUGCUGCAGGCAUAGCAGUUCUUGCACUUGUCAUUCUGGUCCUGUCAAAUGUGGCUUCAAAUGUGCCUACUGUAUUGCUGCUCGGAGGACGAGUUGCUGCAUCAGCAGCUGCAAUAUCUCCUGAGAGUGAGCAGAAAGCGUGGCUCAUAUUAGCAUGGGUCAGCACCGUGGCAGGGAACCUUUCACUCUUAGGCUCAGCAGCAAACUUAAUAGUGUGUGAACAGGCUCGUCGGGCUCAACACUUUGGCUACAAUCUCUCCUUCUGGAGUCAUCUCAAAUUUGGAGUUCCGUCUACCCUCAUUGUUACAGGCAUUGGUUUGAUGCUCAUUCGAGGAUGACACGUUUUUCAGUCCCCGUUACUGUGUUUUUGAAUCGACAACUAUCAUUCUUGUCUUGUGCAAGUCUUAUGGACAGUCUGGUAUGCAUGGGGUCUAGAAAAGGGCUACAUUACAAGGGUCUAUUGUACGUAGUCUUAUCAUGCAUCUGUUGUUUCCUCAGGUUGAACUUUUGACCUCGUGAUCACAUUACCAAUUCUCUUCGAUCAUCCAGAUCUCAUAAAUCCAACAUCUAUAUAUAUAUAUAUGUAUUGUUUUACUAUAAUCCAACAUGUUAAGAGUUCAUAGUAUUCAAGCUGGCAAGUCGUUCAUAAUGUGAGAUUAUGUUCCUUUAUUUGUUUAUAUAUCAUGAUAAGAUAUAUAAAGAAACUAAUAAUCUUUUUA